UCGAUUUUGGAACAUCCGGAUACGGACGCCGACGGCAGCCGUGUGCGAGAUCCACAAGCGACCGCUGAUGAGCACAGUCAAGGACUCGGUCGAGAAGCCACAGGCGACGGACUUUACCUUGGAGCGGGAGCUCGGCCAAGGCAACUUUUCCAAGGUCUUUCUGGGCACGCACCGUCCGACCGGCGAGCAGUUUGCGAUCAAGGUCAUUGAGAAGCAGCGCAUCAUGCGGCUCAAGAUCCGCCACCCAAACAUUCUGAACGAAGUCAAUAUGGAGAAGGCGGUGCUCAACACGCUCCGCCAUCCCAACAUCAUUCGGCUCUACCACACGUACCAAGACGCGACCAACUUGUACUUUCUCAUGGAGUACAUUGCGAACGGCGAGUUAUGGGACGCGCUCACGCUCUGUGGCAAGCAAGUCGGCUGCACGGAAGGCCUCGCCCGCUUCUACGCCGCCGAUAUCGUCAACGCACUCGAGUACCUCGCGUCGCAGCGCAUCGUGCAUCGGGAUUUGAAGCCGGAAAACAUGAUCGUGUCCAAGGUUGACGGCCAUUUGCGGCUUGUCGACUUUGGCACAGCCAAGAACCUCUCGGACCCGGCGCUGAACGGCCCCAACUUUGUCGGGACACCAGAGUACAUGUCGCCCGAAACGAUCGCCAACAAGGCGGUCGACACGAGCAGUGAUCUCUGGGCGCUCGGCUGCAUCGUCUACCAGCUCCUGACAGGCGAUACACCGUUCCAAGGCGGGUCUCCGUACUUGUGCUUUCUCAAAGUCCAAGACGGCGUCUACGACGUGCCGUCUUUUUUAUCGGCGCCGGCGCGCGACUUGAUUGCGGCCUUGUUGCAGCCCGACCCAACACGCCGACUUGGCGCCAACGGCUUUGAUGCCCUCAAAGCCCACAAGUUCUUUGAUGGUAUCAACUUUGAGACGCACCUGUCGACGUCGCCGCCCUUUGCAACGCUCGAAGACAAGUUCAUUUUCGAGUCGGCCAAGCAAAUCCACGCCUACGUGGCGGCCGGCGGUGGCGACAAGGUGCCCGCCGUCUUGGCCCAAGCUGUCGCGCUUGCCCACCCGCGCAAGCCGCGCCUUAUGCACGUGCUGAACCGCAUGCAGCUUCUCCAGCACCCAGACGUGUACCCACGCUUCUUUUCGACCAUGGGCCUCGGGCGGUGUCUGUAUGCGACCAAGCGUGGCUACGUCGGUCUCACCCACAGCGUGCAGAACGAGUGGAAGCAGUCGUUCACGUUUGUACAUCUGUCGGGCCCGUCGCUCGGGAGAGCCGCGGCCGCCACCGAGAAUGACGGGCUGGGAGGCUCGUCCUGGGCGAUAGAGCUCGCACUCUUCCGGGACGCGCUGCUCGCACUCAACGAGACGCUUCCGACGCUGCUCGUGCUCUCGGGCAACAUGACGCACGCCUCGCCCUCUCAAAAGUACUAUGGCCCCCAGCGCGAUGCGUUCCAGGCCAGUCUCUCGACCUUGGACUCGCGCAUUCGUUUGGUGUUUGUGCCGGGGGACCAUGCUGCGGUCGACAUUGAGGCGUACACGGCCGACUACGGCGACGACUAUUACGCGCUCUGGUAUGGGGGCAUGAAGUGCCUUGUCGUCAACUCGUCGCUGUGGCUGCACGCAGAGUCGGACCAUGCCCUGCACGAGCGCUACUUGGCCCAAGACGCAUGGCUGAAGAAGGAGCUCGAGCACGGCGCGCUCUGUGCCCAAGUGCUCUGCGUCUUGAGCCACCACCCGUUGUACAUCUCGGAGAGUGACGAGCCAACGCUCUUCGCAGAGACACUCUCGAACAACAAUGCACCGGCUGCCCCCUGGAACGUGCCCCGCGACGUUCGCCUUCCGCUCCUCGAGCUCAUCGGCACGUCCAAAGUCCACGCCGUCUUUAGCAGCCACUACACAAAGCAUGUCCACAACCGAUUUGCGCGCCCGAGCAAGCACACUAGUGGCGGCGACGAUGACGACGAUGACGACGGCGCGCCGCAAGACGGUCGCUGCGACAUGGUCGUCACCGCGUCGUUCGCCGACGGCGAAAAGAGCGCGUACCACCGCGUGCACGUCGAGCAAACGGGUCUCUCGAUUGCACGCACGCUGGUCGCGGCGCCGCUGCACGUGUAGCCGGCGACGACCGUACUCCAGAUACACUGCAACUACUAUUACCUGCAAGAAGUGCAUUUGAUAUAUAUUGACGCU